ACGAUAAAACGCCAUUUUGCAUGUGCCGCUAGUUUGAACUGGGAAAAAUGCUAAACAAGUCAGGAAAAUAGUGAAUUUUCGGGUGAAAAUCCGACCGCUUACCGUUUUCCGGUGUAGUGCUUCUGGUGUGCUAUGGUGUGAUCGUGGAGGCUGUUCCGAACUUGGCCUUUUCCGAGUGGUAUUAUCAGUGCUAAGUGCGUAUAGAUGUUGCAGGGUGGUGUGUGAGCGAAAAAAAUUGGGCUAGUGGAAAACAAAAUUUGUGAAGGAAAAACAUUUUGAAAGAAGCUCUUCAGUAUCGAUUAGCAGAAGAAUAAUCUGGUUUUGAUAACGUGCUAUUGAAAAAACAAAAAUUGGUUAUCAAGAUGAUGUUUACGGGCACCAACCAGCAGCAGGACACGCGCUUCAGCGAUAAGGAGAAGAAGCUGCUGAAGCAGAUGAAGUUUGGAGACAACUUAAACAAGCGUGUCGACAUGUCUAAAGUCAAGCUGGAUGUACUCCGUCCUUGGAUCAGCAAGAAGAUAACUGGUAUGUUGAACAUUGAAGACGACGUCAUUGUCGAGUUUGUUUACAAUCAGUUGGAAGAGGAAAAGUAUCCUUGCCCGAAGAAGAUGCAGAUCAAUAUGACCGGUUUCUUGAAUGGGAAAAAUGCUCGCGUCUUUAUGGAAGAUCUCUGGGCUUUGCUGUUGUCUGCGCAGGAAUCUGAUUCAGGCAUUCCGGCGGAAUUCAUCGAGCAGAAAAAAGAUGAAAUCAUGAAGAGGGAAGAGGAUUCCAAACUUCUAGAUGAAAUGCGAUCACGAAGGUCUCGUAGUCGGGGAGGCAGCCGAGAUAGAGAUGAUCACAGGAAGUCUAAGAAAGAGGUUCGUCCGAUGUACAAACCGGAACCGGAAGAGUAUCUUGAUGAAGAGGAAAAAAUGAUUGAAGAUUUCAUCGAAGCCGAAGUACCUAUUUCCAAGGAAAAAGAGCCAAAGAAGGUGGUUGAAGAAGUUAAUCCUCCUGCCUUGAAGGAACCUUCUCCAGAGCGAAAUGAAAAGAAAUCACCGGAAAAACCUAAGGAAUCCCACAAAUCGGAGAAUUCGGAUAAGAACCGCCGCAAGUCCCGUGAUCGUUCGCGUUCCCGCGAUCGUCGUCGUUCUCGUGAGCGCCGUUCGUCGAGAGACCGGAAAUCAUCCCGGGAUCGGAAGUCUUCCCGAGAUCGACGACGUUCGCGCUCGACUCGACGGUCACCGGAUCGAACCAAGAAACGCAGCCGUUCGCCAAGGGACAAGCGGGACCGUGACGUGCGCAGUCGUGAUAAGGAUCGCAAACGUUCGCGCAGUUCAUCCCGCGUCAAAAAGAAUUUGGUUACCGAGAAAGCUGUUGACAACGGAGGGUCAAUUUCUAAACUUCAAUCCAAAUUGAUGAACAUGGCCGAGGGUAAGAAGAUUUCUCCUGCUGCCAAGCGUCGUAGCCGUAGUCGGUCCUCAUCGCGAUCUAGGUCUAGGUCUCGAUCUGUUAGUAAAAAGAAGACUGCAAGCCGCUCCCGUUCUCGGUCCAGGUCUAGGUCGAAGUCUAAGGUCCGCAAGGGCAGAAAGUCCCGUUCCCGUUCGCGUCGUUCCCACAGCUCGGAUUCAUCACGUUCAUCUUCCAGCAGUCGCAGUGGAGACCGGAAGAAAAAGUCCGGAGUCGUGGGUAAGAAACGUAACGGUAAAAGUCGCAGCCGCAGUCGGAGGAGCAGUCGCAGUCGCAGUCGCCGUGAUACGUCUAGAUCGCGAUCAAGAUCCCGUAGCAGUCGAUCGUCUUCGCGACAUACUAAGAAGGAUGACUUCGAGAUACAGAAGAAAGAAAACAGCAUCCAGAAGAAACGUCACUAUCGUUCGAACAAGGAUUCGUCGGAUUCGGAAUCGGAUCGAGGUGGUCGCAUGCCAGCUAGGAAAGGCGAUCGCGGCGGAAGGGAUCGUCGCUCCCGCUCUCGUGGCCGCCGCGAUGGAUCGAGAGCUCAAAAAGAUCGCUCCAGAUCCCGGAAUCGAUCCAGGUCAUCACGCAACCGGUCUCGCUCGAGGAAUCGGUCCCGUUCACCGAGGCGCUGGUCCCGAUCACCCCGGGGAGGCAGAGGACGAAACAAUCGCGGUAAAUUUAGUGGUGGCGGAAGAAGCGCCAGUGGGGCUGAUGGCGGGUCAAAUCGGCGCCGUUCGCCCAUGCGCGGUGGCGGACGUGGCGGAGGUGGUGGUGGCAACUUUGCUCCAUCAAGACGCGGCGAAAGCUCUCCACAACGCGAGUACAACCAAGGGAAUCGGCGACCUUCGCGAGAGCAAGCCAACCAAUGGCGUCGGUCGGAUGAGCAGCAGCAAGCUCCACCGAGGGCACCGAUGGGACCACCGGCCUCGAGGUUCGACGAAAGACGAGGAAAUAAUAGUCGACCUAAUAAUACUAAUAAUAUCAGCAGUAAUAAUCGGGAAAAUAAUCGCGAACAACCGCCGGAUCCUAGAAGGCGAUCAGGAGAAACGCGUCCCAAUUGGGACGAGGAGAAAAAAGGACCGCCGUCAAAGACGGGAGAUAACACUUUGGAUUCGGGUGAAUUCUGGGAUGAUGGUGGAAGUGCUCCAAUAAUCUUGGAGACAAAACCGGAGAAAAAGGAGAAGAAACCGGCUGUUGAUGUUGAUGUUGCUGAAGAAAGUAGGAAACCAUCUAAGAAGCACGAAGCGUCCAAACGGAUUGAACCGGCUAAAAAGGAUGUUGUCAAGGUGGAGGAGAAAAAGCCAAUUGUUAAAGCCAGGUAUAGUAAGAGUUUAUCUAGGACGCCGUCUCCUUUCCUUAAAUCGCACGAACGAGUUGUUGCUGUCGUCAGUACAGUUAGCGUUCCAACUACUACCACCGUUGUCGCCAAUACUGUAGUACAGAAAGAGGAGAGGCCUGUAUCGAAACCAGUGGCGGCGAACAAGGUAAAACAAGUAAAAGCUAGUGGUGGCAAAAAAGAUACUAGCGAUAGCGAAAGCUCUGAAAGUAGCAGUGAAUCCGAAGAGGAGGAGAAAGUCUCUCGCAAGAAGAAAAUUAAGAAGAAGCAAUCGAAGAAGCGUAGACGGUCGUCAUCUUCAAGCGAGGAUGACUCUUCCGAUGAUAGUGAGAAAGAGGAAGAGCAACAAAAGAAGCCCCCCAAACAGGACGUGGCUGCUGCGGCUCUCCAGGAAGAACGUAGGAAGAAUGCCUUGAGGCUGGAAAAAGAAAAAGAAGCUGCUGUGGCGGCAGCAGCAGCAGCAGCAGCCGCAGCCGCAGCCGCAGCAGCGGCAGCUGCAGCAAAAGCCAGAGAAGAAAACAACAAAAAACGCAAACGCACGAUCAGUGCCGAAUCGAAACAUACAGAAGAGAAAAAGGUAGUAGCACUAAAGGAAAUCAAAGCUAAGAAAGUAGAAAAACCUUCCUCGUCGUCGUCAAGCGAUUCGGAAACAGAGCGUUCAAAGAAGAAACGACGCAAGGAGAAGAAAAAGCGCGAUGCAUCGGACGGUAGCUCAUCCGAUUCGGACAGCACGAAGAAGAAAAAGCAUAAGAAACACAAGAAACACUCCAAAAAGCACAAGAAACAUAAGAAACACAAGAAGAACAAGAGCAAACAGCGUGACAGUAGCUCCUCCUCGGAUGACGAUGACGGUGAUCUGCGCGGUCCCGGAGGACCUGUUAUAAAUGAUGAUUUGGAAAAGCAGCUACGCGAACGAGCUCUCAAAUCGAUGAAGAAACAGCAGAGUAUCUCGGAUUGAGAUACAGACGUGUACGGUUAGCAUACACAGUUAGAGGUAGCAUGAUGGUAAGGUAAAGUUACUAUUGAGCAGAUUGCGUAGUGUUAAGGUGUAAAAGAAUAGUGCAGUUGUUUCUUAUUAUUUUCGAAAUUGUGUGAGUUACAUUCAACUCUCGAUUCAAACAGUCUUACAAAUCACAUAAUUGUAAUAUUCUUCGCCAGAGAUAACAAUUUGCAUCAAUUCACUAGGAAUUGUUGUUAGAUUUGUUUUUAUCAGAUAUUUCCCUGUAAAAGGUAUGAAUAGGUUUUUUUUUUACUGAUGACGAAUAUUAAUAUCAGCUUUGAUAUUGAUUCUAGCUAUCCUUCUGUUACUAUUUAAAUACUGCUUAGUUCCUCCUUUUUAUUUCAUUAGGUUUUACUUUACAAGUUUGAGAAGUAAGAUAAACAUACUAGAACAUCAACAACUGAUAACAACAUUUUCCUAAUUUAGGAUAAUAUUAAUAGCAGUCAUGAAAUAUAAAACAACAAUAUAAAUUAUACUACCGUAAAGUGUAUGCAUAACAUAACAUAUUGAGGAGUCAAAUAAAAUCUUGCUAAGUGUAACAUUCACAUU